AUGAAAUUCAUUGUCUUGAGUCUAGCUUCAUUUACCAUGGUAGCUAUGGCUUUUCAACCGUGGCAAGCAGGCCGUUAUCUAGAAAAUCGCGAAGAUCUGACAGAGGAGGUUCGAUUGUUGGGUCCAUCUUCAGUAUCAAACCUUCGGCAGCAAACUAAUCCGCCGACCAGCGAGGGAAGCAGUCGUCCUUUGUCACAGGAAACCAGCCGGGACUGGGAGGAACAGAUGCAGCGUCAUUUAACACAGCAGUUAAGUUUAAGAGAGCAACGCCGGCGUGGUUCGUCACAGGAAAGGGGGACACGCAGGCGUCGUUUGUCAUAUGCAGGAGCAUUUGAACGGAUAACACCCAAUGACAAUGCUCAUCAAUCACCGCAAGAAUCUAUUGCUGCUCCGACCCCGCCACGCACAAGCGCAAUCGCGAGGAAUCUCACGCCAACCUUCGACAUGCUCGCUCAACACCGCCUGCCCCAACAGUUGCAAGCCAAACAUGCCCGGAUGUUAAAGGCGAGAGAAGAUUUCAUCAAAUAUACCGUCAUUUUGGGAUAUAUGCCUUACAACAAGCAGCAUAAGUUUCAAACGCAAAUCUCUGGUCAGGAUACAAUCUCAUUGGCUGAAGCUCUAAACUUCCGGGCCAUGACAGCCACCCAACCUGGCACAAGCAGCGGACUUGCCACUUCACAUUAUUCCGGAGCAGGUGAUCAACUUUCAGCAACCGGCGGCAUAUUGGGAAAGCUUGAGGAUAAGCAAACUGAAGAUUCUAGUCACAAGGAAAAGCCUUCCAAUCACGAAAAAAUGACCAAGUAUCAGGAUGGCAGUUCAACAUCCAAUCCCACCAAUUACAGAAUGUUGCACAUCUUAUUAGGUGAUCCACAAGACCCUGAAUGCGCAAUCUGUUUGGAUGAAUUCAUGCAGCCUGGACGAGGGCCAUUCCCUGAAGUUGCAAGGAUCAGGCGGUGCAGACAUUACUUUCACCCCAAAUGUAUCUAUGGUUGGAUGGUGAAACAAGCCAAGCUUCAAGUUGAUUAUAGCUGCCCAUAUUGCUGCCAAUCAAUGAAGCCAACCUAA